AUGGCGUCUCUCAUAUCCAGUCUUUCUCUUUCCUCCACAGUUUCCCGCCUAAUCAUUUUCCGCAGGCCCUCGCUUCACUACUUCAUUAACCCUCGUAUGAAUUUUCAACGAUACUGUGAGCUGGCUAGACUUACACAUCCAGUUUCCCGCGAUUCAAACCAUAAAGCCUCAUUUUCUACCGGCCCAAAAGCUCAAAUCGCGAGUGCAUCAGGACAAGAUGAAGAAUUAGUUGUCCUGGGCAUCGAGACGAGCUGCGACGACACUGCUGCAGCUGUAGUUAGAAGUAAUGGUGAAAUUCUUAGCCAAGUUGUGUCUUCUCAGGCAGAACUGCUAGUUCAAUACGGAGGUGUUGCUCCAAAAAUGGCUGAAGAAGCACACAUUCAAGUGAUUGAUCAGGUAGUGCAAGAGGCUCUCGAUAAAGCUAAUACAUCAGAAGAAGAUCUUUCUGCAGUGGCUGUUACCAUUGGUCCUGGAUUGAGCCUCUGUCUGCGUGUUGGUGUGAGGAAAGCACGGAAGCUUGCUGGUGCUUAUACUUUACCCAUUGUUGGUGUUCAUCAUAUGGAAGCCCAUGCUUUAGUAGCAAGGUUAGUCGAAAAACAGUUACAGUUCCCUUUCAUGGCCUUACUUGUCUCAGGUGGCCAUAAUCUUCUUAUCUUGGCCCGUGAUCUUGGCCACUAUAUACAACUCGGGACAACAAUAGAUGAUGCAAUUGGCGAGGCAUAUGACAAGACAGCAAAAUGGCUUGGUCUCAACAUGAGCAAGAGUGGGGGCCCUGCUGUGGAGGAGCUGGCUCGUGAGGGUGAUGAAAAAUCUAUCAUGUUCAAGGUUCCCAUGAAACAGCAUAAAGACUGCAACUUCUCGUACGCAGGCCUCAAAACUCAAGUGAGGCUGGCUAUCGAAUCCAAAAACAUUGAUGCUUCAGUUCCCAUUGCUUCGGCUAAUAGUGAAGACAGAAAGGCUCGGGCUGAUAUUGCUGCCUCUUUCCAGAGAAUUGCAGUGUUGCAUCUAGAGGACAAAUGUGAACGAGCAAUUGAAUGGGCGUUGGAUAUGGAGCCUUCUAUAAAGUAUUUGGUGGCCUCUGGAGGUGUUGCAUCUAAUCAGUACGUGAGGUCUCGGCUAGAUAAGAUAGUCGAAAAGAAAGGCCUGCAGCUCGUUUGUCCUCCUCCAAGCCUUUGUACCGACAAUGGUGUAAUGAUUGCUUGGACUGGAAUCGAGCAUUUCCGUAUGGGAAGAUACGAUCCACCGCCACCCGCCUGCGAACCUGAAGAUGCUUGGCUUGAUCUGCGGCCGAGGUGGCCUUUGGGCGAGGAGUACGCACAAGGAAGGAGUGAGGCCCGGUCAUUGAAGAUGGCCCGAGUUCAUCCAUCACUAACCUCUAUAAUCCAAGCAUCACCUCAACAGCAACCAUUAUCAUAG